AAUGAACAUCAGACUGCGUUAUAUAGAAAUGGAAGGACGCUCGCUGCGCCAAAGUUGCGGUGGUGGAUUAUCAGCAAAGUGGAUACAGUGGAUGUCGUAUUUUGAAUGUGCAUUGUUAAUAUAGGUUAAUGUUUCUGACUUACCAAUGUGAGAAAGCAAUUUAAGAAUUUUACCGUGCACUGUCGGAUAAAUCUAGAUAAGUCAUAUUCAAGUGAUGUUUAUUCAAAAUGUUGGCGUGUGGCUUAAUUGCUAAUUCCAGUUAGUUUUUUCUGUUUGUUUGCGCAUUGUAAUUUCUGGCUUCCCAAACGUGAUGUAGCUCUGUGCAUAGACGAUUCCAAUUCGAAGUUAGUGACUCGAGAAUAAUUGUCGUCCUCUGGAUAGUAAAUACCCAUUUAAUCAUGACAGAUAAGGAAUAUGUUGGCCUCUCUAAAGAGGAGAUUGCAAGACAAUUUAUGCUCCCUGAAAGAAAAUCAAAAAUUGCUACUCUCCUUAAACAAGAUGGGCAAGCAUAUUGCAUUUGCCGAUCUUCCGAUUCGUCAAGGUUUAUGAUUGGUUGUGAUAACUGUGAAGAAUGGUACCAUGGUGAUUGCAUUCGUAUAACUGAAAAAGAAGCAAAGUACAUAAAACAAUUUUUCUGUGUGCGUUGUCGAGAGGAAGAUCCAACUUUAGUUACCCGGUAUAAACCUCGGAAACGAGAAGGAGAGCGAAAUGAAAGGAAUGAUCGGAAUGACCGAAAUGAUAGAAAUGAACGGAAUGACCGUAAUGAACGAAAUGCUUCAGGAACUGAUGAAAAGAGAUCCAAAAAAAGGCGAGACAAAAUGGAGUCGUUUGAAGAAAAGGUGAGAUCAUCUUCUAAACGAUGUGGCCGUUGUUCUGGGUGCUAUCGUACUGAGGACUGUGGGAGAUGUGAAGGAUGCCGAGAUAAGAAACACGGUGGCUUUCGUCAGCGUCCCCGAUGUGUCCAUCGUCAAUGUGUUAAUGCAGCGCCA